GCAGCCAAUCACUAUAGUUGUUUUACUCACAUGACCAUGACGCACAUUCUCUGCGACGUCCACCGGCUAUCCAUGUGAAUGUCGCCUUUUUCAACUUGCGAGAUAAUAUUGAAAGCUCUCUCUCUCUCUCACUCACUCUCUCGCUCUAUCUAUUUCUCUCUCUCUCAUAAGUAGUGAUGAUGUGGUUGCCGCUUGAAGACUUGUGAGCUGACAGUGGUUUGCUAGGCCGACUGGUUGCAUAGAUGACAAUGAGGAUGUUGUGUCGCUUGGCCUGGGUGUUGCCCCGCUCCUCCAGAGGUUCCUCAGUUGCCUCUGCCCUCGUCCAGGCCUCUACAGCCCAGCCUGCAGAGCUGCUGUUCCCCCAGGCUGGAACCAGGCCUCUGGUGGCAGCAAGAGGCCUGUGUGACCGACACGGCUUGGCCAGAGAGGAAGAAAGCGGCUUUACGUUCAAGCGCACCCAGCUCGACGAGCAGGUCAGCAGCGCCAAAUCACCAGAGGAAGUGCUGCGACUGUGGAAGGCACACGGUGGUUCUGCCAACCAGGCCGCAAUGUGUCUGGCCCAAGUUAACCGGCUGGCUCUGGAGAAGAGUGCUGAGGAGAGGAGGCAGCUGGUGAAUGACCCUAGCUGUGCCGCGCUCCUGAAUACAGUUAGCACUCAGGUUCCAUCAGUGUGGAACGGAACGCUGGUGAGCGCGCUCCGUGCCGCCUCCCAGCUGGACGUGCCCCCCGGAGACGCUGUGCUGCGCUCUCUCCAGAUGGAGGCGCUGUGGCGCGUGCGCCGCUUCUCCUACAAGCAGCUGGCCUUCCUGAUGGAGUGGGCGGUGUCGGAGCAGGCGCGGCUGGCGAGGCAGGGCCAGGGCCAGAGCCAGGGAGAGGCCCCGGGGCUGGCCAAUGAGCUGGCCAAGCAGCUGGAGCUGCGCUGGACAGAGCUGAGCGAGCCGAGGACAGUCAGUAUGCUGAUGGGCAGGGCCGCCCACCUACCGCCAACGCUUAUCGAGAAACUGGAGGAUAAGGCCCUGGAGCUGGCGGAGCACUUUGUGGCGGAGGACAUCCGCAGGGUGGCACAGGCGCUGGCGUCUCAGAACCGUCGGACGGUGCCCUUGCUCAGGGCACUCUCCUACCACCUGCUGCAGAGACCCUCCAAGGAGCUCAGCACCCCCCUGCUGCUGGACGUAGCUUACGCCUACGGUAAACUCAACUUUCACCAAACUCAGGUAUUCCAACGCAUUGCGGCCGAGCUGUUGCCUAGGACACCUGACCUGAGCUCAACUGAUGUGACACGCUGCGCCAAGUCCUUUGCCUUCCUGAAGUGGCUCCACCUGGCACUCUUUGAAGCCUUCACAGAGCACUACGUGGCCAACAGUGAGAAGUACAGCACACUGCAGCUAUGUAACCUACUCAUGUCUCUAGCGAAGCUCAACUUCCAGCCAAGCAAAGGAGAGGCCUUCUUCAGCAAGGUGCACUCUGCUCUGAAGGCGACCCUGCCCCGUCUGGAGCCCUUCCUGCAGGUGGACGUGGUGUGGUCCCUGUGUGUGAUGCAGCAGGCCAGACCGGAGUACAUCACCGCCCUCACACAGACCAGCCUCCAGGAGAAACUAUCAGAAGGCAGUGCGGCCCGUGUGGAGAGCUACCGCGUGAAGCUGCUGCACAUCAUGAUGGAGGGGAGCCUGGGUGGACUGGGCUGCUGCGUCCCCACCGCGUCCUCUGAGCCCGCCCGCACGUCACCGCCGUCACCGCUACAGACGGCCCUCCACGCCGCGCUCACAAGCCUGACCGACUCCAAGCCCAACACCCUGCGCACCUCCGUCGCCACCUGCUAUGGCUGGACUCUAGAUGGUGAGCUGAUUUUAGAUUCUGAGAAUAAGCCGAUCGAGCUGAAUGCUCUCACUGCCCCACACUUACCUGGAGGAGGCGGGGAUAAGCCCUUACCUGAUGGAGCACGAAGGAUGGGGUUUGUGGCGUGGGAGUUCCCUAACUUCAUUCUGAGAAGCAAAGAACUCCUUGGGCGCUUUGCGAUGCAGAAACGACACCUCCAGCUAGCGGGUUUCCUUGUUGUCGAGGUGCCAUACUAUGAAUGGCUGGAGUUGAAAAGUGAUUGGCAGAGGGUGGCCUACCUGAGGGACAAGAUGGGCAAGGCCGUGGCUGAAGAGAUGGCCAAGUGAGCGGACGUGACCGCCGAGCCUGCUUCACCUGACCAGGGAUCAGACCCGAGGGCUUCAGCACGGAGGAGUGACCCUGAGCACCGCCAUCAAAGGCCCCCCAUCUACAGAAGGGGCCCACAAGACCCCACAAAAAACAAAGCAAACAGAAUGCCAAAUACUACAGCACUGAAGCAGAAGCAGGACUUUUUUUGUGUGUUACAUCAUUAUUGUACUCAUUGAACCAAACCACCAUAACUGUGAGACCAUUCCAGUCAUAAGCCUCAUCAGAGCCAAGAGCCUCUAAAUUAUCAUCAACAAAUCAAGUUAUUGGACACCCCAAGCAGCUUUAUCAAAGCUCUAACAGCCGUUAUUCAUAUUUCAGAGACAUUUCUAGAAAUGUUCAGAUAUUUUUUAAUCUUGUUGCCUUGACAACACUUCUGGGGCUUUCCCUGUUACCAAGGAGACUGCUGUAAAGCUUUCGAUGAAGAUGCUGAAGGAUGUUGGGAUACCCAAAGACGGAGAAACUGAGCUGAAAACAAAAAACAGAACUACUGAAGAGGACUGGGGAGAGGAGAAAGUCAGAUGCUUCUGGCUUUUGGUCUCUGAAAAUAUAAAGUUGGAAACAUGACUUUUAAACUGGACACACAAUUUUAAUGCAGAACAAGAACUACUUUGGCUUAUACUGCACCUGUUCUGGUUACACAGGUAGCAGUUGUGCCUGGUCAUCCUGUCGAUAUGCCCAUCAGUUUUAUUUGAAUAUAUGUAAUUAAUAGCAUUGGUGGCCUGCAGCACAUGCUCAUAUUGGGAUGCGCUCUGUGGUACUUGGUAUUUAAAAAAAAUGUUGACAUUUUACUCACUGAAAAUUAUACAUGGAAAUUAGAGUAAAUAAAAUGUUUAUCAUUAGGUUUUCCUUCAUCUCAUUUGUUGGAUAACAUGCGUGAAUUAACAUGUGUUGGAUGUAGAUGUGGUGGUCUGAAUGCAGAACUAGACAAUAUUGGAUGGUGUGUACAGUAGUUUAAGGUAAUUUUGUCUGAAAAGGCAGAAUUGGUUUGACGGGCAGAAUUUUAGCACUCUAAAGUCGCUCUGUAGCCUUGAGCUUACAGUCUGUUUCAGGGCUGUUUGGCAAAACUGGUCUAGCCUAUUAAAUUGAGGAUAAAGUAAUGAGUUUUGUUAGUGUUUUGAAGACUCAAGUUAUGUGACCACAGAAGCCUUGUGCACCAGUAUUGUUGCAGUAUAAAAUCCAAUGUGUGUGUGUGUGUGUGUGUGUGUGUGUGUGUGUGUGCGCGACUGCGCGCAUAUAUGUAAGGAAAGAAGCUUCUCUCUUUAAUAUUGACGUUUAAGGAAUUACCCCACCCACACUUGCACUAUCCCACAUUGAGCAUAUCACAGAUGACCAGUAGAGCGGCGAUGAUGAAAGAAAGUCUCAUUUCAAUCUGUCAUGAAAAUGAAAUGAAAGCAAAUUAAAAUUCAUUUUCUGAUUUCUGAGGCCUGAUGUCCAGCAGGGAACUCCAGGUUCUAGUAUGCUCGGCUUGACAUUCACAUCCUCAUUACCGGUACUGUCAGGACCAAGGGGCCAGAUUAGCAUACAGCGCUAGUUUUACUGUCAGGGUACAAAAGCCAUUCUGAACUUGAGGGUCUCGGAGUGAGUCAAAACUUUUAUGUUGCCUUUUUGUUUUAGAUACAUAACAGACUAACCCUGAGGUGUAUGCAUGGCUGUGGCCAUAGUUUAAAAA